ACCAAUUUAUUAAGCGCCAUAUUGAGCUUUGUUCUAAAUAUACCUGAAAGUAUGAUUAUCAACAAGCAAAAUGUGAAGAUCCAGAGCUCAUUAAGGGGUGGUUCAAGUGGUUUCAUGAUACUAUUCAAAAAGUCUGUGAUCCUUAAGCAAGAUAUCUACAAUAUGGAUGAGACUGGCUUCCAAAUGGGUAUGAUUUCAACUGCCAAAGUUAUCAGUGGAUCAGAAACACAAGAGAGUCACGUAAAAGCUAUACAGCCUGGGAAUCGUGAAUGGGUUACUGCAAUUGUUGCAGUAAAUGCAGCUGGAUGGGCCUUACCUCUACAUAUUAUUCUUGCAGCAGAGAAUCACUAA